CUAAAUAUUACCCUCACACUCUGACAUAACGUGCUGAAUAUCAUGCUUGCACACAUAUCCCACCGCAAUGACGCAGGGAGACACCGAUGCGCCUUGAGAAGAAACCGAUCGUGCUCACUAUCAACGAAAAGCCGUCCUCUGUAGCUGGGGUUCGAGUUCAUUUGCUAUAAAGAUAUAGCGCGCCUGCAGAGGCUGGCAUGAGAGAGCUUAGGGAUAUGUUCUGCGUUUUCUAUCAAUGCGGAGUUAUAACAUCACCCAACUAUGCCACUGUUACCAGGACAACACAGCACACAAGAAGAACAACAUUAUUGCGACGAGAUAAAAAAUCCGUGUUGCACGAACAAUACUUUCGAAUGUCAGGUGCAAUGCUGUCCACGCGAAGCUUUUGGUGGCGCAGUUGCUUGGGGAUGGUUGUUCGGCACCUGGAUCAACAGAAGGGCCAAGAGGUUCUAUCUUGAUGCCGCAGUGUAUGUUAGGAACAUCAGAGCAAAAUGCGAGCUCAAGCUAUAACGCCGGCAACAUUCGGGAUAGCAGUCAGAUCCCCCUCAAUCAUCAUCCGGCAACGGUGAUGAACUCUGCAACCAAGUCCGACUCUAACAAAACCUGCUGUCUGGCUGCCUCUCCUAUCGACCAUACUGUGCCUGGCUGGCGGGACUGAUUCUACAAUGAGCUUUUGGGGCGGAACAGCCUCGAUCAGAAUGGGGCGUCGGGUGUUUUUCGACCACGUGUGUCAUUGUCAUGUUCCGAUGACUUCUGCCAGCAACAGAUUCUGCCGCAUUUUCCGUUUCGCUUGCGCGCAACAUAUGGGUCCUUCGAUAUGCUGUGCGAUAUGCCAACAAUGGUUGAUUGACGACAUGCGUAUCACAUUUUCUGAUAUUUCCAGAUUCUCGUUUUUCAGGAUGUUGACAUUUUGAAUACUUUUCUAGAUUUCACAUGGCAACACCGGCAUCCUGACGCCGAACGUGCGUAUGCUCCCAGCCGGCUUCCUCCAUCCUUGUCGGCGUGUAUAUAUCUUCGUGGCUGUCUGGAUGACCCCGCCGUUGCCCCUCUUGUGACUGUCUACCAAUCGUACAACAUGGACAGCAGUAUUGUGACCGAGCUCUCCCAAGCACGAGCAACGCAAUAUUCAAUGGCAGCCAGUGCGGCACUCGCAUUCUACGACAUCAUUCUUACAAUACCCCAAGAAAGUAAGCUCAUCUGGGGCGCCCCGCGUUCUGUGGUCAAAUAUCUCUACUUGUUCAACCGAUAUUGUCUGUUGGGACUUGUCUUACCACAAACCUACAUUAUGGGAGGGUUCUCGGGACCUCUUUCCGAUCACGUCUGCAAGACUUACUGGGUCUCCGUAACAUGGGUCCUCAUUGUCCAGACUCCCAUGAUUGGCAGCUUCUUGGUGCUCUUGCGCGUCUAUGCGUUGUAUAAAACGGUCAAGCAUAUCAAGCUUUUCCUGGCCCUUCUCUCCACCCUGGCGUGGCUUUCACCCACGGUCAUACUGUCUUAUGCUCUGGCUACCUUCUGGAACGGUCCGGAUAAUUUUGUUUAUACACCGGUUCCAGGGCUCUGCGCUAUUACAUCUAGGCCACCUUACUUCUGGGCGUAUUGGCCCGGUUUGAUGGUCUUCCAAUUUGCAGUUUGCGGAAUCCUGAUUGCCGAAACUAUUCGAAACCGGAAUCAGCGCCGCAUGAUGAACAAUGGGGGAGUCAUAUCCUAUCUUCUGCGAGACGGGAUCUUCUACAAUCUAUGCAUGUUGGCCGGACACCUAGCAAAUCUUCCCGCCUAUGUCGCGUUGCCAGAUUCACUCUUUCUAGUCGCGUAUGCACCGGACUGGACGCUUGACUCUCUUCUGAUAUCAAAGAUCUACCUUAAUCUACGACAUGUGGCUACUGCUUCAGAUUGGGCAGUGGCCACUUCUCUCUACGUGGAAGAUCAACAACCCGAAGUAAGUUGGGAAUCUGACUGAUGCCACGAAAGCGGAUAUGUAUGCCAUUGAGGCCUGGUCAUUAGAAGGGGAGCUGCGUCGGGAGGUUCACGUGGCGCACGGUGGAACGUUGGGCAAAGAAAUUGCUGCUGCCAGUGAGAAUUGUUUAUAGUACAUUCCGCCUCUUAACCCUAUAGUCAUUUCCCGUUGCUACGGGAAUGAGUCACGAUCGGCAUUCGAUAACUCCAUGUACCCUUUGAAAACUAGCACGAACUUU